AUGUCUGUCCCAGCAACAAUGAAGGCCGUAGUGGUCGAGCAGACCGGCGGCCCUGAAGUACUGCAAUUCAGAACCGCACACCCAGUGCCAAUUCCCCAGGCAGGCCAGCUACUUGUGCGCAACAACAUCUCCGGUGUGAACUACAUCGACACCUACUUCCGGACGGGUCUGUACCCCUCGCCCAAGCCUGAGGUCCUGGGCCGGGAGGGCGCUGGUGUCGUCGCCGCUGUGGGACCCGAGACCUCCGGGUUCCAGGUUGGUGAUCGUGUUGCUUGGCUGGCUAGUCAGGGCUAUGCUGAGUAUACUGCUGUCCCUGCUGCCAAGACGGUGAAGAUCCCUGAGGGGAUCAGCGAUGAGGAUGUUAUGGCCUCAUUCUUGAGUGGCUUGACUGUGCUCGCUUUUGCUAAGGAGGCAUACCCUGUCCAGAAGGGUGAUUGGGUUCUGCUUCAUGCUGCUGCUGGCGGUGCUGGUUUCUUGAUGACGCAGAUUUUGAAGACUAUGGGCGCCAAGGUCAUCGGCACUGCUGGUGGUGCGGAGAAGUGUGCUCUUGUGAAGAGCCUCGGUGCUGAUGUGGUCAUUGACUAUCGCAGUGAGGAGGGUAAGGACUGGGUGAAGUUGGUCAAGGAGGCGACUGGUGGUCGUGGCGUCGACGUCGUCUACGACUCUGUUGGCAAGGAUACCUGGGAGGGUAGCUUGGAGGCUGUCAAGCGCAAGGGUACUAUCAUUUGGUUUGGUAAUGCCAGCGGGCCUGUGCCACCACUCCCUCUUCCUAAACUCUCCCCCAAGUGUGUUAAAGUCGCCCGUCCAACUCUCUUCGGAUACAUUGAGACCCGUGAAGAGUUCGAGUACUACACCAAUGAGCUGUUCAGUCUGUUGAAGUCCGGCCAGCUGAAGACUAAGAUCCAUAAAAUUUAUCCUCUGGAGGAGAUUGCGCAGGUGCACAAGGAUCUCGAGGGACGCAAGACCAUGGGCAAGCCUCUUUUGAAGCCUUGA